AAGUGAAAAUAAGAAACGGAAGCCACAAACAAAUAACGUAGUUAUGAUCACAAGCUUUUUUGCAGGCACUCACUCAUAAAACUCAUUAAUGACUGUUAGCUCUCAGGAAAGAGAGAGAAACGAAAAGCGGAGGAGGCGAUCAGAGCCGCGCAGCGAACUUAGCGCGCACGUGACCGAUCUCUGCUGAAAUCGCAACUCGCCGAUCCAAGGAAGCACCGUUCGCCGCUGCUGAUUUCGAGCUGCCGCCGUUCCGGUCCGCGCGCAUGCUGUCGGAGACGGAAGAAACGCGAGGAUCUCGUGAGUUUUGAGCUAUAUAUUGUUUUGUGGCGUGAUUUCAGACGACGCUUCGGUGUCUAGUGCCUUUGAUUUGGAGUGGAAUGUUUCGGUAAGUCGGAGAAGUUGGCGGCGAAGCUGCGGAGUCUGAUCCUCGACGGCAGCGAGUUACGCUUUGAGAGCAUGAGCUGGACUUGGAGAUGGACCGAAAAGUUUGUGCUCAAAUUUCUUCUAGUGCUGGUGACGAAUCGGAGAUGAGUUCUAAUGCUACUGGAUCUGUUAAAGUUGACAUAGAUGAUGAAGGAAAUAUUCUUAUCAAAGAAGAAAAGGCUCCUGCUGUUUCUGCCUCGGCAUCAGCCUCAAAUCAUGGUUCAGGGUCAAGCAUAAUUCAGGAAGAGGAAACUGUGAGUGUAAAGGAGAAAUUGGUGGCUAAUCUGUAUCCCAGAAAAGUUGAUAAAGGAAGAAAGUCAUCAGCUCAUACAAACAGUUCUUCAGGGAAGAGGAAAGUGAAGGUGGAUUGGACACCUGAGCUGCACAAACAGUUUGUUCAAGCAGUUGAACAGCUUGGCGUGGACAAGGCCGUGCCUUCCAAGAUUCUUGAGCUUAUGGGAACUGAUUGUCUUACUCGCCAUAAUAUUGCCAGCCAUCUUCAAAAGUAUCGAUCUCAUAGGAAACAUAUGCUAGCUCGAGAAGCAGAGGUAGCAACCUGGAGCCGAAAGAAGCAGCUUUACCGAACCACAGGGAGCACAGGCAAGAGUGAUGCAAACUCUUGGGCUGUACCCGCCACGGGGUUCCCCCCAGUGACAUCAGUGUCUCGUUCUAGACCCUUCCAUGUUUGGGGUCAUCCAUCACCAAACCAAUCGUUGGUUUAUAUGUGGCCUGGUCAUCCAGCCUCGUCACCUUCUCCUCCUGCUUGGGGUGCUGGUCAUCCUCCGCCACCAUCUCUACCUGGGGACCCUUCUUUCUGUAACUGUCACCACCAAAAUGUUCCUGCACAAGGAAUGCCUUACUAUCCCUCUCAUUUUCCUCAACCGACAUUUGCAACUCCACCGGUCCAAGGACUACCCCCUUCUUCUAUGUACAGAGUAGCACCAAGCAUUGGUGUCCCCAUCGGCCUAACUGGACAAAAACCGGUACGACCACUAAUGGAACCUCACCUGUCUACAGAGAGCAUAGAUGCAGUUAUAGGGGACGUCCUAUCAAAGCCAUGGCUGCCGCUACCACUUGGGCUCAAGCCCCCAUCCACAGACAGCGUCGUGGUGGAGCUGCAACGCCAAGGAAUAUCAAAGAUACCACCAAUCCGUGCUUAACCAGAAGUUGGUACGAUCUCGUCCAUGUUACUUAGAUGGAAAUUAUCUCCAUGUGCAUAACUGGUCUCCUCCACCCCUCAGUCCUCCGCUCUUAGUUGUCUGCCUGAUGUAGUUGAAUCGAGCUACUCCAGCGAAAGUUCUUAUAUGAAUCGCGUGUCCGACGUCGACGACGUGACAUAAUCUUUGGCACCAGAUUCAUAUGAAUUUUCUAUAUAAGUGGAAGUAUGGAAGUCGAAUGUUGUGAAAAUAUUUGUAAAUGAGGACACUGUGACUGGCUUUAAUCCAACAGUAGUCUCAACUGAGGACACCAUGCACUGCGUGGGCCCCCUUGCUCUGUUUUUCUCUCACAUUCUAUCUGAUUUUUUAUGAUUUGAGAUCCACACAUUUAUCUCAA